AUGGAAGAAGCAGCUCCACAAUCGCGGCCUGUCACCAUCGCGCCGGCGUUCGAUGGCAUGCCAAGGCAGCAGGACAACUCGGGUCCACCUCAAGCUUCUACAUGUACGACAUGCGCAAGGCGGAAAGUGAAGUGCGACAAGACUGGCCCUCCCUGCGCGACAUGCAAGAAAGGUCGCCUGAAUUGUUACUAUGAAGCGCCUGCGCCUCGGAAGCGGAAGCGCAAGCCUAUCGAAGAUGUGUAUGAGAGGUUGGAGCAGUAUGAAAGCCUUCUCAAACAGCAUGGUCUGCUCGAUCAGUCGGAGAAGGCAUCACCCACUGAUGAGACACCGACCAACGGCGUGGAUGCUAAGACGACAGUCAUCGGCGAGAAGAAAACUGGACCAACUGCUGGCGAACUCCUGGGUAUGAAGACCGGCAAACUAGUAAAUGUUCGUGGCAAAUCACGCUACAUCGACUCCACACUCUGGACAAACCUCAACGAGGAGGAAUUGCAUCCUUCUUCAGAAGAAGACGAGUCUGGCGACGACGACCUUACGCGCGCCACGUCUUUCACGAACGGCACUUCAGAGUCCAUGGCGGCUGGUAUACUAUCCGGUGGCUCCCCAGGAGCAAGUCUGUUGAAUUUCCAUCCGACGUACGAUGCAGCAAUGAAGAUGUGGAAAGUGUUCCAGAGUCAUGUGGAGCCCUUGACGAAACUCCUGCACGUACCUACUGCUACAGCACUUGUCCAAAGAGCGGCAGCAAAUCCGAGUAGUGCUUCAAAGGCGGUGGAGUGUCUCAUCUUCGUGAUCUACCACUUUGCAUGCGCGGUCAUGGACGAGGAGGAAUGUGAAGAACUCAUGCAUCAGUCGCAGUCAGUCCUUCAGAAGAAGUAUCAUGCUGCAGCCGUCCAGGGCCUAGUCAAUGCAUCGUUUGUUCGAACAACAGAUCUCAUGGUCGUGCAGGCAUACGUCUUGUUCCUAUUAUCUGUACGCACAAGCUACGAUCCACAUACCUUCUGGAUCCUGACUGGCAUCGGAGUUCGACUAGGACAGCGUAUCGGACUGCAUCGCGAUCCGGAGGAUCUUGGCGUGCAGCCGUUUGAGGUGCAAAUGCGCCGAAGGCUGUUUUGGCAACUCUUGCCUCUGGACGGCAUCGCGUCGGUGAUGAGUGGGACUGGUAUGGCCGCGCCGUACGAGACAUGGGACACCAAGCAGCCGCUGAAUAUCGACGACGAGGACAUUUGGCCUGACAUGGCCGAGACUCCCGUGGAAAGGACUGGUGCAACUGAUAUGAUGUUCUGCAUGAUGAGGACUGAAUUCGGUCGCUUUCACAAGAAGAUGAAGCCAUUCUUUGACGGUGCGGGCAAGCUAUGGCAAGCCGGAAACACCGCUGCGGCGGACGAGAUGGAGCAGGCGAUUGCGGACUUGGAGGAAACUAUGGAGUCGAAAUACUUGCGGUACGCUGAUCCGGUUUACCCUUUGCACCUGCUCGCUCUUCUUCUCGGUCGGGGCGCUCCGCAAAACGCACGGCUGCGUUUACGACUGCCGCGCAUGCGGAUGAAUCCCGACGUGACGGAGGAGGAAAAGAAGACGACGUGGAAGAUGUGUCUAAAGAUGUUCGACUACGACAAAUCCGCUCACACGAACCCGGUCCUAAGGAAGUUCUCGUGGCAUAUGCAAGCGGUGUUCCAGUGGGACAGUGUCAUCUGGGUGCUCAACGAAGUCCGGCGUGGCUCGCCUGCUAUCAUGGAUCCCAGCGAGGCUUGGACGCGUAUCGAGUGGAUGUUCGAAUGCCAUCCGCAGUUCAUGAGGCCUGGCCGUGCGCUGCAUUUCGCGAUACGAAAGCUGGCGCUCAAAGCGUGGGAUGGCCAGCCCGACCGCUUCAAACCUGCUGAUCGGUUAGAUCCAUCAUUCAUCAAACAGCUACGCAUGAUGUGCGAGAAGCGGAGUGCUGGUUCCAUCAGCAGUGAGUCGACUACGCAACCCAAGCCGAAUCCUUGGUCACCGCCUGUCGAUAAUGGAGAUACGUUUGUACCUGUGGACCCGGCGAUCGCAGCGCCGAUGGACGGUAUCAUGUUAAGUACGGCCAUAGAGACGAAUUUCUUGGACGGGUUCAGUGCGGAUAAUGUUGAUUGGGUGUUUUGGGAUCAGCUGAUCCAGGACAGUGGGAGUUUGCCUCCUGCCAUCAAUUUUGGGAGUCAGUAG